UGCGCACAGCAGAGAGAAGAAGGAAAACUCAGAGGGAAGUAGCCUCUUACCAAACCCUUUGACGGUCUCAAACUGGCCAGAUUGAAACUGCCACUCCGGGGAAGAGAGGCCCAGACCCAGAACUUCCACCUGUGUGAGGCUGUGCUGUGUGCGCGAGGUCUCUGUUCAGAUCUGCUCUGCUGUUUGGCACUCUGGGCUACCUCCCAGCGCAGGACUCUGAAGAGCUGAGGGGCUCUGAAGCUGCUCAUGAAUCCCCGAAAGAAAGUGGACUUGAAACUUAUCAUCGUUGGCGCUCUUGGUGUGGGAAAGACCUCUCUCCUUCACCAAUAUGUACACAAAACAUUUUUUGAGGAAUACCAGACCACCCUGGGGGCCAGCAUCCUCUCCAAAAUUAUCAUACUGGAUGACACAACUUUGAAGCUCCAGAUCUGGGACACAGGUGGUCAAGAGCGCUUCCGCUCCAUGGUAUCAACGUUCUACAAAGGUUCCGAUGGCUGUAUCCUGGCGUUCGAUGUCACUGAUCCAGAGUCCUUUGAAGCCCUGGAUAUCUGGAGGGAUGACGUCCUGGCAAAGAUCAUCCCCAUGGAGCAGUCGUAUCCCAUGGUAGUGCUUGGGAACAAAAUCGAUCUGGAAGACAGGAAGGUGUCCCAGGAGGUAGCCCAUGGAUGGUGUAAAGAGAAGGACAUGCCUUACUUUGAAGUUAGUGCCAAGAAUGACAUCAAUGUGGUACAAGCCUUUGAGGUUCUGGCCAGCCGGGCACUCUUGAGGUACCAAGGCACCGUAGAGAAUCACCUUGUGGACUCUAUCAAGCUCUCGCCAGGCCAGCCAAAGAGCAGGUGCUGCUGACUCCUGGACUCGUCCUUCAGACUCCUACCUGCAGCUGUGUGCAGGCCACUCACUCCAAGCUCAACCCCACCAGUCCCCAGCAUUCCCCUGCCAAGCCGGGAGGCUGAGGCACUGCAGCAGGAAAGAAUGUCACCGGCAAAUCCUGGCCUCAGAGAAGGCGUCACAGGAGUCUGGAUGGCUUACGCUCUUCUGCCUCCCCUCCCCUGACACAGUCCUGCUCAUCUCUGCAGACAGGCUGCUCCCUUGAGCCCUGCGGACCUAUAGCUUCGGAGGACGAUGACCGUGUGGCUCUGCUUCCGUCAGCAGCCAGGCCGAGGAGCCAGGACAUGGACCACUCACUCCUGACGGGCAGAAGCCAACAGGCCUGAGACCUCCUGCGGCUUCUUCCAGGGAGAAGUGAGGAAGCAAGAUGAAAGAUGUUGUUCCUGCUUCCCAGGUGCUCAAACAGCUCCCAUAACUGACCAGGCCUCAGUGUGCCCAUCUGCCAGAUCAGCGGUCCCACAGUCCCCCAUAUUCCACUGUGGUUUGAGGACCAGACGAUGCAUCCAAGUCCCACUUGCUGCUGCGGGCACACACGUUGACUCCUUCAGCAGGUGUUUUUGAUGCCUUCUCUGUACAUGGCACUGAGGACACGGGUAACACAUGUCCUUAUCUCCCAAAGGACAGCUGGAGAAAGAGAGGCAGCAGGCACGGAGCAGAACAGAUGACGGCGAUGAGGUGCUGUUGUAGACAAAGGGGUGCAAGGGGGCUUUCCUGUGGAGGUGACAGUUGGGCUCACGGCUACAGGAAGAGCAUGUCAGGAGAGGGAGCAGCGAGGCCAAGCCCUGGGGCGACGGACAGCUUGCUAUAUUCCAUAUGAAGAGUCUACCUGAGGACUCAAAGUUGCUGUCCAAGGAAACCCUGGCUCCAGAGGGCACCGUGAAGAUUUGGUGACUGACCACCAGGGGGCAGACAUGUCCUCUGCUUCCAAGGCUGUGGCCUUUGUUCUGAGGAUACUUGAAAAGCUGGUUGUUUCUGUCAAGUAGGCAGUUGAGGCUUGCUUCCAGGCUCCGGGGUUGUUGGGUAAGAAUUCAAGUGUCCUGGGUAAAAACUUCAGGAUCCUUGAUUCAGGCGACAAAGCAAAACCAGAGACAAGUCCCAGAGCGACGUAUCUGGAGAGCAUACGGAUUCUGUGGCCCACGUUUCCAGGAUACAACCUUUUUUUUUUUCCCCCUCCUGGCUUCAGCAGCACAGAUAGGGUGGCCCAGUCUGAAGGAGAUGGACAGGAUGAACUUUCAGGGUCUUCCAUGGUCAGGUUCAUGCCUCAUGCCUACUGCAGACAUUCCCUGCCUCCACAGGAGUCUCCUUUCCUGAGUCCUAAAGCAGAUCUGAGGUGUUAAUCUGAACCUGUAGGAAGAAGCACCUGACUGGAAAGAUUCUCUGAGGGGCAAGUGAUGAAGGCACUAACCAAGGGACUUGAGGACCCCGUCUGCCCCCAGCCUAGCUCUGAAGUAGAAAGCAAACCACCAUGGGCAGCAGCCACAGGAACAGAGUGCACCCCUAACAGACCACCGUCUGGGUCCUUCAGAGGUGAACGCUAUGCACUGCUCUCUCUCUCUCUCUCUCUCUCUCUCUCUCUCUCUCUCUCUCUCUCUCUCUUUCUCACACACACACACACACACACACACACACACACACACACACACACACACGGCUCUCCUGGGAGUCAGACUGUGAAGGGAUGUGUGGUGUGUGGGUGUGCAUCAACAUUAGCAUCACAAUGAACGUAUGGACCGUAUCUAAAUGUACAAACAAUUAAUAAGCGCCUCCUUUGUUUUCAUCCUUUGUAGAGCAAUAAUAGUCCUUCUCGGUCUGUGGUGGCAGUCUGAGUUACCCACGGCCAACUGUGAACCGAAAAUAUUAAACAGCAAAUUUCAGCAAUAAACAACUCACAACGUUCACAUCACAUGUCCUUUGGAGUAGUGUGAUGAAUGCCUGUGCCGUCCUACCCAGGACAGUCAUCCCUCUAUUCAGUGUGUCCACAGUGUAUAUGCUACCCACCCACCAGUCACUGGAGCUGUCUCAGCUAUCAUAUCAGCGUUCGUCAUUUCCAAUGCCUCUAUUAAUAGGAGCCUAGAGCCUUGUCACAAUGCCCAGGUCACUCACCGCACUUUAUCUCAUCACACAGAUGUGGUAUCAUCCCAUAUCACCACAAAGGGAGAAGGCUGAGAAUAGUACAAUAUUUUUGAAAUAUACAUCUCCAUCAUUUUUAUUAUUGUACAGACUCAUGAUCAUUUAUUUUAUUAUCAAGUGUUGUUCAUCUCUUGCUGUACCUAAUUUAUUCAUUAAACUUGAUCAUAGGCA